AUGACCACUUUUACCAAAUUGGAGGAGCAGGAGACCCCUGUCAUCUCCGUUCACUCGGAGCGGCGCAUCUCUAAGAUCAAUCCUAAUAUCUAUGCCGGUUUUACCGAGCACAUGGGCCGAUGCAUCUAUGGAGGUAUCUAUGAUCCUGGAAACCCGCUCUCCGAUGAGAAUGGGUUCCGUAAGGAUGUCCUCGAGGCCUUGAAGGACCUUGACAUUCCUGUUGUCCGAUAUCCCGGCGGGAACUUCUGCGCGACCUACCACUGGCUCGAUGGUGUCGGACCUAAAGAUCAGCGACCCUCGAGGCCUGAACUGGCCUGGCUCGGAACAGAGACCAAUCAGUUCGGAACUGAUGAGUUUAUGCAAUGGUGCAAAGUGCUUGGGACUGAGCCAUACCUGUGCUUCAACUUUGGUACCGGCACUCUAGACGAAGCGCUGGCUUGGGUUGAGUACUGCAAUGGUACCGGCAACACAUACUACGCCAACCUCCGCCGAAAGAACGGCCACGAGGAGCCAUACAAUGUUAAAUACUGGGCACUCGGCAACGAAACCUGGGGCCCAUGGCAAGUCGAGCAAAUGACCAAAGAGGCCUACGCCCACAAAGCCCUCCAAUGGGCCAAAGCCCUCAAACUCCUUGACCCAACCCUAAUCCUCAUCCUCUGUGGCCAAGACGGCACCGCAACAUGGGACUACUACACUCUCAAACACUGUCUCCUCCCAGCCCACUCUGCGCUCUCAACCAGUUCCGUCCCCCUAAUCGACAUGCACAGCAUCCACCUCUACACCUGCUCAUCCUCUCAUCUCCCCAACGCCACGGCUCCACUAGCAGCCGAGCGCGCAAUCGAGAUAACAUCUUCCUUGAUCGAUCUUGCGCGUAUCGAAAACAACGUACCGCCCUCCCAGCCCCGUCCGACCAUCUGCUUCGACGAGUGGAAUGUCUGGGAUCCGAUUCGCGCUGAGGGAUCCAAGGGCGCAGAAGAGAGCUAUACCCUCUCCGACGCCCUAGCAGUAGCAGUGUGGCUGAAUGUGUUCAUUCGCAAGAGCCGUGAUCUUGGCAUGGCGUGUAUCGCACAGAGCGUCAAUGUGAUCUCGCCUCUCAUGACUACCGAGGAGGGAAUCACCAAGCAGACGACUUGGUGGCCACUUUAUUUGUUCUCGCGGUAUAUGCGCGGGUGGACGGUUAGUGCGCAUGUUUCUUGUGCGACUUAUCAGGGAGAGACAGCGCCUGUUUGGUUGAGAGGGGCUAUGGAGACGCCUUGGUUGGAUGUCAGUGCUAGUGUUGGGGAGGAUGGGUUUGUUAAUCUUGCUGUUGUGAAUAUCUCGGAUGAGAAGGGGAUUGAGGCAGUUGUUGAGGGGGCGAAGGGAGACGUGAAGGUGUUUACUGUUACUGGGGCGGAUGUUACGGUUUCGAAUAUGAAGGGAAGCGAGGAAGUUAGUGUUAAGGAGGGCACUUGGGAUGGGGCUGGGAAGUAUUUCUUCCCGAAGCAUUCACUUACACUUUUGAGAUGGAAG